AAUGGAUUUAGCCUUCAUAAGUUUGCAAGAAACCCGGUUCGUUGUUAAAAAUGGAUUGCACGGGUGCAAAGGACGAGAGCUUCGUGGGUUCCAAAUAACAGGGUGGGAUGAUUGCACUUCUGCUGUCCAUCCUGUGUCUGGUCCUCAUCCUCUACACCCGCCGACGCUGGUGUAAACGCCGCCGGAUCCCUCAGCCUCAGAAGAGUGCCAGCGCUGAGGCAGCUAAUGAGAUCCAUUAUAUCCCCUCAGUGCUGAUGGGAGGCCAGGCCCGAGAGAGCUUGAGGAACUCCCGGGGUCAGGGGCCAAACUCCAGUGGUACCCUCAGUAUUCGAGAGACUCCAAUUCUGGAUGGGUACGAGUAUGACAUCACAGACCUGCGUCACCAUCUGCAGCGAGAGUGCAUGAAUGGAGGUGAGGAAUAUGCAAGUCAAGUCAGCCGUACCCUGGAUUCCAUGCAGGGAUGCAAUGACAAGAAUAAUAUGGACCUGACUCCUGUGAGUGACACGAAACUGGCCCUAAUGAACAAAUAUAAAGACAACAUCAUUGCCACCAGUCCAAUCGACAGUAACCACCAGCAGAACACCUUGCUUCCACACAACACCUCCACCAGUCAGCGAAAACGUCUCUCCAGCAACAAUCGCACGGGUUCAAAUUUCUUGAACCCAGACGGAGAUUCGGGCAAUGAGGCUGACAGCGAGCCUCAGCUGGCUUUUUACACUGACCCAAACCGCAGUCGACGUCGGAGUCGAGCAGCAGGUUCCCCGAGGAGCCCCAUUAAUAAGACCACACUGACACUAAUCAGUGUCAUCAGCUGCGUGAUGAGCCUGGUUUACUGCUCUCACAUAACCUGCAACCUCUCUGUUCGUGUAAUCCUGCAUGUGCCAGAGCACCUCAUUGCUGACGGGUCAAGGUUUAUUUUGCUGCAGGGAAGUCAGUUGGAGGCCUCUGACUGGCUGAACCCCGCACAGAUCUUGCUGUACUACCAGCAGAAUGCCAGUGGGCCAUGGGUGAAUGAGCUGUGUGGACGACGCCUGCUGGACCCUUGUGAGCACCAGUGUGAUCAAGAAACAGGUGACUGCAUUUGUCUUAAUGGCUACAUGAAGGACCCAGUCCAUAAGCAUCUCUGCAUCCGUAGUGAGUGGGGGCCCAAUCAGGGGCCUUGGCCUUACACCAUCUUCCAGCGCGGUUUUGAUCUUGUGAUGGGAGAACAACCCUCUGAUCGCAUUUUCAGAUUCACAUACACCUUGGGAGAAGGGAUGUGGCUGCCUUUGAGUAAAAGCUUUGUCAUCCCACCUGCAGAACUCGCCAUCAACCCCUCUGCUAAAUGCAAGACUGAUAUGACAGUUAUGGAGGAUGCUGUAGACGUGAGAGAAGAAUUGAUGAUCAGCUCAUCCUUUGACUCUUUGGAAGUUCUCCUGGACUCAUUUGGACCAGUCAGAGAUUGUACCAAAGACAACGGAGGCUGUAGCCGCAAUUUCCGCUGCAUAGCUGACAGAAAACUAGAUUCCACUGGAUGUGUGUGCCCCCCAGGGUUGAGUCCUAUGAAGGAUGGGAGUGGAUGCUAUGACCACCACAUUGGCAUUGAUUGCUCAGAUGGGUUCAACGGAGGUUGUGAGCAGCUGUGUCUCCAGCAACUGGCUCCUCUGGAAGAUGAUCCCACUCUUUACAAUAUCCAGAUGUUUUGUGGCUGUAUUGAGGACUACAAGCGAGGACCAGAUGGAAGAUCUUGCCUGCCAUUAUCUGAUGCCUGCUCAGAGGGGAUAGACUGUGGGGAAGCUACAGAUAUUCCUGCUAACCAGACUGUGUUUGGAGACCUUUUUUAUGGGUACAACAAUCACACCAAAGAGAGCACCUCCGGACAAAUUCUCAAGGCCACAUUCAGACAGAAAAACUUUGCUAGAGGUGUAGACCAGCAGCUUCCAGAUGGCAUGGUUGUGGCAUCUGUGCCAACAGAAGUUCAGUGUCAUGAGGACUUAUCAGACCCAGUCCCUGACCCAGAAUACCUCACAGGAAUGGUGAACUACAGUGAAGUGUCUGGCUACCCCCUUGUGCAGCGUUGGAGCCUUCGUUCUGUGCAAUACCACGUCAAACUCAAUCAGUGGGUCUUAUCUCAAGCUUUCAGCUCAGCCAUCCAUUCACUGGACGGGGCAAUGCAGCGUGGCGACUUUGUGUCCAUCCUAAAGGAAUUUGGAAACCACUAUGCGCAGGAAGCCAUGUAUGGGUUUCAAGAGUCCUGCACUAUUUGGUACCCCAACAAACAGGUUCAGAGACAACUGUGGCUCGAGUAUCAGGACAUCAGCAAAGGUAACUCACCCUCUGAGGAAUCAGAGGAGCAUGAAAAGGAGCCUCGGACAUUGACCUACCCUGCAUACAUUGCCAGCCUGCUGGAUGCAGGAGCCAAGCGAAUGGCAGCCGGUGUCCGGAUGGAUUGCGCCAGCCAGGGCCAAUGUCCUCGUUCCUGCCAUCUCUGCCAUAUGAGCCCAAGGGCAGCUCAAGGGCGUCAGCAGUCCGAGCCUGUCCUACUGCAAAUUACCAAGGCAGCGCCCCUCUAUGAAUUGGUAUCCAACAACGAGACAUACCAGGCUCUUCAAGAGGCAAUGAUGAGCAUGCUGUGGUGCUCUGGGAGAGGAGAUGUGAUUGAUGACUGGUGUCGAUGUGAUUCCAGUGCCUUUGGCAUCGAUGGACUCCCGACUUGUGCACCUCUUCCACAACCAAUGCUGAAACUGUCUUACACUUAUGAGCCAAGUAGCUCAUUGCUCAUCAUGGAAUGGAACCACACAGAGCCACCGAUUGGUGUGCGGAUCAUUGAUUAUCUCAUCAGCCAGGAGAGGGUGACAGAGAGGACCGACCACUCGAAGGUUGAGACAGAAACCCUUUUGAGCUUCGUGGAUGACAUCUUGUCAGGUGCCAGGUCUCCAUGUGUGAUGUUAGGUGACAUCCCAAACCUCGUGUCCUCCUCUAUCAGCAUGAUCAUUCGCUGUCUGGAGCCUGACAGCACAUAUAUGUUCCGACUGUGGGCAGUUGACAACACUGGGCGUCGCUCCGGUCCAAGUGAGGUCACCAUUAAAACUCCAUGUCCAACAGUGGAUGAUGUCAAGGCUCAAGACAUAGCCGAUAAAAUCUACAAUCUGUUUAAUGGAUACACCAGUGGGAAGGAGCAGCAGACAGCAUAUAACACUCUGAUGGACCUGGGUGCCCCAGCACUCCACCGAGUUUUGUAUCACUACAAUCAGCGCUAUGGGAGCUUUGGAGAGUUUACCUGGAGAUGUGAAGAUGAGCUUGGACCCAGGAAAGCUGGCCUUAUCCUCUCACAGUUAAAUGAACUGUCCCCAUGGUGUAAAGGGCUUCUUCAGGAGCCCAAGAUUGGGCUUCGCAGGAUGUCACUGAAGUUCCUUUCCUGCCGAUACACUGACACCAAGGCCUUUGCAAUGAACUGGGCAGAUAUGGGCCAAGAUGUAAACAAGUCAUGUGAUGAGCAGAUGCUAACAGUCAUGUACAAUGACUAUGGUGAGCCCAAGGAGAUAUAAACGUAUCUAACUCUACCUAGAUUAUUAAGUUUUGCCAGAUCUAACAAAAAGUGUUAUUACAUUUAAGUGUAUGCAUUUAAAAAAUACAGCAAGCUUGUUUUUUUUUUUGUGUGUAUAUUUACAACUCUUGAGUUGUUCUUCAUUACAAACAAAUCAAAGCUCAAAACGAAGGGCCCAAGCAGGUGAAUAUCUCUGUCAACAACUGGAGACUUGCAACUGUGGUUCAUCACUGUCUUUUUAUGAAUAAAGAACGUUUUAGGUGUGCUGCUGCACUUCUUUAAUUAAUGUCAUCAGAGUGUUAAUGAGUUUAAAAAUAUAUUUGACUAUUAUAUUCUGUACAAAUCAGACCAAGAAUGACAAAAAUAAAACAAAACAUCAUUUAGCUCUUCAGUGAAUAGGACACCCAUUCCCAUGAACAAAUCUGCACUUAUUCAUGAGUUUUUCGGGUUCCUUUUCAAUCUUAUGUUUGAGUUGGAUCGAAAUUAGAUGUUGAUUUUGUUUUUUUUUUCUCUCUGACCUUUUCAUUCAUUUUUAUUAUAAUAAUUAUUAUAAUCAGUUUGAUGUUGAUGUUUUUUCAUGAGCCAUGCUUUUGCAAUUUUUUUUCCCCUUUUAUUUUCAAGCUGUUAUUUUUUGAAAGACAUUUUCUGAUUGAAAUGUUUUUAAACAUCCCACUUGUUUGCACCUUCAUUUGUCAAUGUUUUCUCUCUCUGUAGUUUGCAAGUUCUCUCUAGAGGAUUUAAGAACAUUUUAAAAUAAAUGGAGUGCUACAAUUACCGUAUGUCUAAAAAAAAAAAAAAAGAUACCGAGUUCUCCAACGUUCAGACGAACGAGCCUGCGACAUACUUAAUUGAAAUGGCUGGGAGUAGGGGUGGGGUAUUAAUUCACAACUUUUUGCCAUAUUCUCCAUUAGUCUCAACUACUACGUAAACUACUACUACCAUUUGCAUAACAUAUAUCCAAGUAUGACUACUACUUCUUCAUGUAAAGGAACAGUAAACAGAAGAAAGCCUGUGAAAAGUAAAAGUCGUAAUUUUACCCGAACAGACAUGACAAAGUGAUUUGUUUCAACAGGCCUCAUACUUUACUGUCAAGAAUUGACCUCUCACAGUACACCAUAUAACUUGAAUCCUGCUCGUACUGUAUCUCUACAAGAGUAACAUUAACUUUGUAUUUCAACAAUAACCUCACUGGACACAGGAUACCGAAGAAAUCAUGAGUUAGCACCAGAAAUCACAUCUGUAUUGCUUUGAAAGAAAGCGCUAGUUGGCAUGUGGAAAUCUGCAUCCAGUAAACAAAUGACAUGGAAUGGUACAUUCUGUGAAGUAAGAAAAAAAAGAUCUGCUAUGUAAUAAGGUUGAGCAAUGUACAGUGUAUUGAACUCAAUGUAGAAUUUUAGAUCAAAGUUGCUGAAUGUAGAAUUUAUAGUUGGUAAUCUUGAAUGAAGUUGUAACAAAGGUCCACUCACUGGGAUAUGUCUACUACUAUUAUACUUAAAAUAAUUCUAUGAAAAUAUCUUCUUUAUGUUUCUGUGAUUAAAAGUCAAAGCCAUGACAGUAAAUGUAAUUGACUAGUUUGGAUUAACUUGAUCUGUUAUUGAACUUUGAUUGUUCUCGUGUGAUCUUUGUAUAAUUGUGUUUCAAGGAGACUAUCCUAGUGUUUUAUUCAUGUUCAUAUUUUGGGGGGACUGCCGAGCCUCCAAUCUGACAGUCACAUCUGUUGUUAAUUAUUGUGAACACUUUUCUUUCUGAAUACAAAAAUGAAUGCUAGAUUUUACUGUGUUUUAUACAUACAGCAAUGUACAGUGUUUUCCUUCGGUAUGUGUAAAUACUUACACAACAGAUGCUAAAAAAAUAGUUUGCACUUCACAAGAUGGCUGCUAACCUGUAUUGUCAUUUGCUGUGUAACGCAAUCUUAGCAGUUCUUGUGAAAAAAAAGAUAUAAUUUGUUGUAACCGAAUAUCUUCAAGCAUUGAUUGAAAUUGUACUAUAUGCUCAAGAAUUGGUUGAUUAAAGGACUACAUACC